AUGUGGCGCCUCCCCAGUGCCUUGAGGCGGAAUCCGCUGAGAAACUCGGCCAAGGACGACAAGAAUGGCACACUCAUGCAAGCUCUGCAGCCGCGCUCCUCACCCGGCGAACUAGACCCCUACGACCAGUCCCUCCGCCUACGCCGCACCGACUCGAGCUCCUUCAACGAGUCUCACGAGACCAAUUGCCGCAAGCUUCAGGCCCUCGUCCAGCGCGUCCGCUCCAUCCACUCGAGCCCCAGCCACGUCGACGCUGCCUACCAUGAGUUUAGCAAGCACAAGGACACUUGCUCCUCCCUCUGCCACGCCAUCCUCCAGGACGAGAUCCGCCCCGUUCGCACCCUCUCCAGCGUCGCCGGCGUCGACGGCUCCCUGACCCGCCGAGACUCGUCCAUGGACUCGCCCCCCGCCGCCGCCCCCGAUAGUCGCAGCUCCUUCAGCGGCCGCAGCUUGGCCGAGGUGGUGACGGGGGGCGGCCCGAGGCCCUCGUUGGCCUACGAGUCGCGCCUCGUGGCCAUUGGCGAGCUGAAAAACUGCCUUGAGGCCAUGGCCGACGCCUUCCAAGCCAGCCUCGCCGACACAUACAAGAGCUAUGAGCGAGACGCCACCCCCGAGAUGGUCGAUCUGCUCUUCAACAGCAAAAGGUUCCGGCGUGAGGCGGUGCACCGCAUGCGCAACGCCAGCGUUACCAGCAUCCGCUCCGCCGACCCCCAGUUUUUUCCUCGAUAUGAGAUUCGCUUUCGGGACUACGAAAAGGUAAAGCAGGAACUAAGCGAGAUCCGCCGCCUUCUUCAGUGUGCCGAGUCGGGCAUCUCCCCGUCGAGGCCCGUCCAGGGCCUCGAUAUCUCUCCUCGCGGCGACGCCAUUCUCGAGUUCGCCAACCUCGCCGCCGACCAGGCCGCCGACGAGCCUGUCCUGCGCUUCCGCGUCUCCUCGUACAUGCUGGCCGAGACGUCGCCCAUCUUUGCACGCAUGUUCUCGGGCCACGCCGCCAGCCUUCACCUCCACGAAGCCGAGGACAUCUCCGAGCAGCUGCCCCCGCCGCCGACCAGCUACGUCUGCACGGACGGGUCCGAGGUCAAGCUGUACCGCAUGCCCCAACGCGAGGUGAACCGUCUCGGGUCGAUGGAGGUGCUCCUGCACGCCGCGCACAUGCACAACGAAAUGGUGCCGCGCGAGGUCGGCUUCGACCAGUUCGUCGCCAUCGCUGAGUGCUCCAUGCGCUACAAGAGCACCUCGCCCCUCGAGAUUGUCGUCGAGCACAGGUGGCUCCCGCAGUGGAUGCACAAGGGCGCCGAAAACAUGCCCGACGGCCUCCUCGCCAUCAGCUACGCCUUUGGCGUGCGCCAGCUCUUCACCCGCAUGUCCAAGAGCGCCAUCCUCGACCUCGUCGACGAAAAGGACCUGCAGAGCAAGCCGUGGCCCCAAAAGAUCAAAGACAAGAUUUGGGAUGUGCGCUGCGCCAAGGUCGCCCAAGUCUACGCCUGCUGUACCGGCACCAUCCAAGAAUACAUUCACACACCGGCCCGGGACGCCGGCUUGGAACCAGAGCGCGUUCCCCCCACGGAUCCCCGCAACCGCCUCAACGAGCCGGCCAUGACCCCGAGGCCGGCUGCGGCCCUGACAAGCUCGCCGCGGUGCCCCAAAGGCAACCACAGCUGCGACGCAGCAAACCUGGGGUGGAUGAUGCUCGGAUUCAACGAAAUGGACCUCUUGCCCCAGAUUGUGCAUCCCUCGGUACUGCUGCAUCUGCCAGAGGCCGAGCCGAGGCCCAGGAGCCUCGCGCAGAUGAUUGACGUGCUGCGCCGAAUGCCGAGCCCCGCUUUCCCCGUGCACCGCGGCGGCGUCUGCGACCCGGGUCCGUCCUUCCGGGCCGCCAUUGCCGACAUCUACGACAGCAUCGCGGGACUGACGCUGCAUGAUAUCAGCUGCAAGAGCCAUGGCUGGGCUCUGUCGAAGCACCAGAUGGACGAGCCGCAACCGGCGGCGGAGAUUGGGCUGGAGCGCAUGGCUGCCCUGGACCGAGCCUACACCGUCGCCCAAGAGCUACCGGACGGCGUCCGCCUCCAGAUUCUCGACGAGCUCGACGACGUCGACGAUUUACAGGCCGCUGCGCGGACCAAUAGGGGCUUCUACCAGACGUACCAGGGGCACGAGGGAGAUCUCGUGCGCAAGUUUCUCCGCGGAGAUCGGGCCCGCGGCGGCUCCAGCAGAGAGCCGGUGGACGACCUGGACGACGGCAAGGUGCUGAAAACUGUCUCGGACCAGAUGAAGAGCGAGGGGCCGGGGGUGAGAGCGGAUCUGGACGCGGUGACGCUGCAGAGCGACGAUGAGAGCGACGUUUCCGAGUCCGAGCCCGAGUCCGACGACGACACCAUCAGCAUCGAUGGGACGUCGACACCGCUGGCGCAUGAGUUGCCAGGGCAGCCGAGCGCCGAGCCACCGAGAUACGUCGAGAGCGAGAGCAAUCCGCACUGCGGCACGGAAGGCCCUCCCCAGCCGCGACAGCCGCCCGUGAACUCGCCACGGUCGCCUCACACCGUGCCGCCCAAGCAGUCUCACGUGAUGACGGCAGCCGCGGACGAGGCGCCCAUGACGGACGAAGAGGCGGCGCGGAUCCUGUGGCCGCCGCCGCUGUAUCCGGAGCCGCUGGCGGCGAGGGCGAUGCCGGCGGCGAGCGUCGAGGGCAUCCGGGAAAAGUUCCGCAUGGGCGACGUGUGCUUCGUCGAGGGCCUCGAGGAGAAGAUGCUCGUCGUCAUGGGCCAGAAGCAGCUCCGCAGCGACCACGACCGGCGCAUCGGGCUGGUCAAGAAGGACGCCGGCGGCGGCGGCGGCGGGUGUGGAAGACCUGCUACUGCUGCUGCUGUGGUGGCGGGCGUGGUGAGGGCCAAUGCCGGCGCGGGCUGCAAGAGCGCCUAG